ACGUUUGACAUUUCGGAGUUUCAAAAAAAAAAAAUAUAACACUGACGUAGCCAAAGCCCAAAAUUUUUUUUGAUAAUUUUUGUGUUUUUUUGUGCAAAAUCAUGGCGAAACAAUUUAUUUUCUUAGCAUUUAUUGCAAUUACCAGCUUUUGCGCUUCCAAUGCUGAAUUUACAACACAAGACUGCCGCGAAUUGGGCUACAUCAAAAGUCAAUUGAUGUGCUCAUCCUGUGAUAAAUUGGAUGAAUUUGGACUUGAAAGUUUAAAACCUCAUUGCUCCGAAUGUUGUCAAGAAGACAAAACAUCAUCAACAGAAAAACGCUAUCCCAAAGCAAUUCUUGAAGUGUGCACAUGCAAGUUCCGUGCAUAUCCUCAGAUUCAAGCCUUCCUCCAAAGUGAACGACCAAGAAAAUUCCCAAAUCUUGAAAUCAAAUAUGUUCGAGGUUUGGAUCCAAUUAUUAAAUUGUUGGACAAUAACAGAAAAGUAAAGGAAACUCUUUCAAUCACAAAAUGGAACACGGAUACUCUUGAAGAGUUUUUCGAAACACAUUUGGAGAAGAAUCCGGCUAAGUCAGAAUAUAGUAAUUAUUUGUAAAAGUAGAAAAAUAUAUUGAAUACGAGAUUUUUUGUCACUCGUCAGAUAAA